GAGGCGUCAUCGUUGGUGGAUCGAACCACAGCCAUGCAACGCGGGAUACACAAGACUCUAUUGCAGAAGGGAAAGACCAUGGAAAUGAAGAGCGAGAACAACUACAACUUCGAUGUUAUACCAGGAUCUCUACGCUGUGCACAGGCUGAGGCCGAACUAUUUGCUGCUUCCUGCGAACGCUCCCAAGUGUGCUCAUAACAACAACCAUCACGAGGUGGUGAACUAUUUCCCUUCCCAUUUUGAUCCUUGCCACCCUCUCGGUGGUCGACGAGAAGAGGUGAUGAUUGAAAAGGAAAAUAACUUUGCUCAGCCAGGAGCAACGUUCCGCUCCGGACCUGGUGACAGGCAAGAGCGUUUCAUUGCGAGAGUUCUGGAUGCUCUGUCCGACCCGCGCGUCACCCACGAAAUCCGUAGCAUCUGGCUCUCUUACUGGUCUCAGGCGGAUCGUAUGCUUGGUCAGAAGAUUGCAACGAAAUUCAACGUGAAAGCCAACAUGUAAACGGAUAAAACUAUAUCUGUGUCCAUCGUGGUGAUCGUGGUGAAAGAAAGACGUACUAGUUUCAAUUAUUACUCUUUUUCUAACAAUCCAAAUCUGCAUUAUUAUUGAGGUA